AUGGACUCGUGGCGGGUGCUCUUCCCGUGGUGCAAGUGGCUGCGUGGACGUCUGCAGCUAAGCAAUUCACCGCAGCAUGCUGCUCCUAGUGACUAUCAAGACGACGAUUGGUUGUUGGUGACGUUGCCAAAGCUCCAGCGCGACGCCAGCUCUGAACUGCUGCGGAAGAUCCGGGAAUCUCUGAUUUUAUUGUCAGUUGUGGCAGCAGCGGAUCGGCCGAUAUUCUGUGAUAUUUUACGUGAAAAGUGUGGCGUGGAUGGCAGCUUCAACAACUUUGACAGUCUCCGGGUCAUCUUCGUACUGGACGAUCACAAUAGCCGGUCGAUGCCGUGGCCCGAGACAAUAUGUAAAGCUCUGUUGGGUUGGGAUGGAGAGGCUACUUUGAGUGAAGAUUUCUUGCUGGCGAAGGAAGAACUCGAGAAGAUCGCCGAGAAGAAAUUAGGGACACUUGUUUCGGACACAGCCAUUCCCUUCUGUCUCCAUUUCGCACCCCAAUAUAUUAGUUUAGUGAGUCCUCAACAAUAUCUUGAAAGUGUGCAACGAGUACUCAAACAAGUGAUGCCAACACGUGAUCAAGUGAACAAAAAGAAGAAGGAAAAUGCACCAGAUGAUCAUCACAAUGAUAAUCAGGACAACGAACACGGUGGCGGUUGCCUUUGGCCUUUCGUGUUUGAAGCUGUGCAGUUAAAUUUAAGGGAAAUCGAGUUGAAGGAGUCGGUAGCAAGAGCAUUGGAGGAGCUGGUGAUGCUAGGAGCCAAGGUAUCGUGUCUGCAGUUACCGUUAAAGUGGACAGACUUCUUCUCUUCAAGCGAGUGCUCGCGACAGCCACUAGCAGAGUGUUUUCUGGCUGUUUCGGGCGGAGGACCUAGAACUAGACUGUUUUCGUCGAGGAUGGCAAAGGAACCGUACGAUAAAAAUGAGGAGCGAUUGAGUAGAGUGGAGGCGGUUGUGGUGAAUGACGUGGAUAUUGACGAUCGGCGGUUCGCAGCGCUGUGCUCAGCAUUACGUGGAGCAUCAAGUGUGAGAGAACUUGUUCUGGAGUCUGUAUUUGCUCAAGACACACGGGGGCCUCGUGCACUCAAGUGGAAGUGGUUAGCUUAUGCUCUAUUUACACCAAAUAACGAGAGAUCGUCAGUGAAGAAGUUGGUUAUCACCGAGCCAGAGCUUCUCGCUGAUGACGUUGCAGCCAUCGCUACCAUUGUGAACUCAUGCAAACCUGCACAAGAACUACUUGACCCUCUGUGGGCUGAUCAUGAGGUUAGCCAACGUAUCAAACAGUCCAGAAAGGAUGAAGAAAACAAUCAACCUGAGUGGGAAACCAGCAAGGCUGAAGAAAUGGUGCGAUUAAAGAAAGACACAAUGGUGUUUCUAGAACCGCUUUGCGGCCAAAACGAGUGGGGGCUGGCCUCAGUGGUGCUUGAACACGACGCAGAUUUUGCUCUAAUGGAUGCCAGCAGUACUGAAGAAUGGGUGGAAAUUCUCGUUCCAGGGUACGGCAAGUGCUGGGUGGAUCCAGACGCUGCACACGACCGCUAUCUAUCCGACUUAAAUUCAUACAAUUGGACAGGGAUUACAGAUCUAAAGCUUGUCACGCAAGUGGCGAAGAGUUCAACAGACAAAGUAUUUACCCAGUUCUUUCAGCUCGUCGGUCACGACCUGGUUAACCUCGUUCUCCAUACCAAUUUACUGCGAGAACAAGGUCUAGGCGCUAUCCUCCGCUCGUGUCCCAAUCUUAAGAGCCUGGAGCUUAAUGGUGCUCAGGUGCACGAUAUGUUUGCCUUCACACAUGGAUAUGACGUGGGGUAUUGUCAGAUCAAGGCUCUCUCUAUUGAGCACUUCCGAGUGAGCCCAUCGAGCUUAAAGGAAUUUGCAAAAGUGCUUAGUGACCCUGAUCGAGAAGCUGCACGGCAUAUUUGUAAACUAUGUAUCGGAAAAUUACGUAUUCAAGAUAUUGACGUCGCAGUUGCUGACUAUGAAGCUAUGAUCGAGACGUUUGUGCGGAUGCUGGACACGAACACAACUCUCGAGUACUUGAAACUCUAUAUCGAAGGAGACUUCUACACGCGCUUUGCGAGGAGCUUUUCAGCGCAUGAUGGAGAGCAGCUACCACCUGAGGAAUUGUCGUCGACACGCAAACUUGCGUUCAUUAGUAUUGUUCAUUCUGGCAAGAGCAAACGUCUGGAGAAUCGGUUGGUGCGUUUAAUCUUCAGAUAUGCAGCAAGACGCGUGACUCGCGAGGUAUGCAUCAUGAACUACUGA